GUGUGCCAGGAGAUAGAGACCGAAAGAAGGCACUAGAGCAAGAGAAAGAAGGGGAAGCCGUGGCGAAGACGACGGCAGCGUGAAGAGAGAAGUUGGGCGAGGAGGUCGUUUCUGAGGGGCCAAUCAGGUGGCCAUGGAUGCAGCGUGCUCUGCCGAGAGCAUUUAUAAUCUCAUCCCCAGGGUCCUGAAGGAACCCGCCCCGCCUCCUAGGUACAUAUCCAUUUUUAAGGCAGCCGUAAAAAAUGACCUACAAAAAUACAAAGCAGCCAUGAAAACUAUGGGACCAGCUAAAGUGGACGUACCGUCCCCAAAGGAUUUCCUCAAGAAACACUCCAAGGAAAAAAUUCUGCCACCCAAGAAGAAGUUUGAAUGGAAUGAGCCCAGAAAGCCCGCAGUGCCAGCAAGGACCGACCACCCAAUCAUGGGCAUACAGAGCGGCAAGAAUUUCAUCAAUACCAACGCGGCCGAUGUCAUCAUGGGCGUGGCCAAGAAGCCCAAGCCCAUCUACGUGGACAAGAGAACUGGGGACAGGCAUGACUUGGAGACCUCGGGACUCCUCCCCAAGUACAUCAACAAAAAGGAUUACGGAGUCACUCCCAAGUACAUCUGUGUGCGAAACGAGGAAGUCAGGCAGGCCCAAGAAGAGUACAACCGCUACAUCCAGGAAAACCUUAGGAAAGCGGCGAUGAAGAGGCUGUCAGAUGAGGAGAGAGAGGCAAUUCUGCAGGGUCUAAAGAAGAACUGGGAGGAGGUGCACAAAGAGUUCCAGUCGUUCUCGGUCUUCAUCGACUCCAUCCCCAAGAAAGUGCGCAAGCAGAAGCUGGAAGAGGAGAUGAAGCAGCUGGAGCAUGACAUUGGGGUCAUUGAGAAGCACAAGGUCAUCUACAUUGCCAACAAGCAGUGAUGCAUUUUUCAGGCACAGUCAUUUUAAGCCAUGUAGGACAAACAUGGAAAGGAUAGAGAUGAAACUACAAUUUUUUUUUAAGGCAAACACUGUGAAAAAAAAAAAGAGGAGUGUUAAAAGGCUUAGGAUAUGCUUUAAAAAUAACUGGAUUAUUCACGUAUAAAAGAAAAAGAGUUUGUUUUUACUAGUGUUGUGUUUUCCAAGUAUAUACCGAUUAAAGUUUGAGGUUUUGUGUCCCA